AUGGCGGAGUCGGUCGUCGAUGCCGUGGCCACCCCCGAGAUUGUGGAGAAGGCGAUCAACCGCAAGGUCGUCUGGGCAAAGAUGCGGGGAUCGCCGGAGUGGCCGGGUCAGAUUUUGACGAGCGAGGCCUCCGCAACGUUCAUGCGUGACGCCCCGAAGACCGGUUCCGUACCCGUGCAAUUCUUCGGCCCGGAGAACGUCGCCUAUCUCGGCACGAAGGCCAUCCUUUCCUGGGAGGAGGGGAUCAGCAAGAAGGUCCACCUCAAGGCGAACAGACAGAUGGCGCUGAACUGCGCCGUUGUUCAGGCCCUGGAAUACGUUCAGCAGGGCAUCGUGCCGGAGAAAUGGUGGACCCGUUGGCAUGCCGUCCCUUGGAACCCGGAACCCGGCAAGCAGGGGGUUGUCCUGGAGCGGCGCCAGGCCUCGGGUCCUGGGGCGGAUGUCCAAGCCGGGGCCGGCCAGGCGGGUGCCUAUCCUGACGAAACCACGUUUACAGAAUCAAAGGGCGCAGAUGCUGGGAGCUCAUCACCUGCCAGCCCAGAUGGUGCUGCCAAACCCAUUGGUGUCUGCACAUCGAAAGAGGAAGAGGAAAUCCGGAGGAGACUAACCGAGUACCAACCCAUAGACAAGAGCGACUGGAAGAGUGCGCCGAAACUCAGCCAGCGACGAAAACGCAAGGGCGACAUUGCGACGUGCAACUGCAACCCUUCAGUGGGCGACUGUACAGAGAGCUGCACAAACAGGGCAACAAAAUUUAAAUGCGACCCUGAGAACUGCCCUUGUGGGGCGCGGUGUACAAACCUGCCAUUUGACUACAUUGAAAACAGGAAAAUUGAGGCGUUUUUGACACCAGACAGGGGAAUGGGUGUAAAGACCAAGGAGCCAAUAAGGACAGGAGAAUUCAUCAUCGAGUACACAGGCGAGGUCAUAUCUGAUGAGCAGCGUCUGAGCCGCAUAGCGAAGGGCGGCAGCCUCAUGGUCGGCGCAUACACAAUGGCACUGGAGAAGGGUCUAUACAUCGAUGCAUACAGGAAGGGAAACGUGGCAAGAUUCAUCAAUUCGUCCUGCUCUCCCAAUUGUGUGGUAGAGAAGUGGACAGAUGCGGCAUCAGAGACCAGCCGCCUGGGCAUCUUUGCCCUAACUGACAUUGCCCCAGGGGAGGAGGUGACCUACACGUACAUGCUGGAGACCCCUUAUGACAUAAGUGAGAAAGACAAGGAGCUGUUUGCUUGCCGAUGUGGGGCGCCAAAUUGCAGGGGCACAUUGGUACACCGGGCGGGCCGCCACAGUAUUCAUAAUAACAGUGGUCCUAAUUCCAUGGAAGCCAAAGAGCAGGCUACAAUGAAGGGAUCAGCCCCUAGUAAGGCAAGCUCAUUCGAGAGGAGAGUGCGGAAGAAGACUGCCGAAACAUGCCCAUUGGCAAGGAACCAUGCAAAGGUGCGGCCACUUCAUGAGACACAGAGCACUGCUUAG